GCAGUCGUUCUACGGUCGCGGGGUGCCCGCCUCAGCUGCCAAAGAUGCGGAGGAGGUGGCUGCACAGCUCCGGGCGGUGAUCGACACCGCCGCAGCAACGAUCGCCCGCGCGACCGAGGAGCUCCGGGUAUUGGAAGGGCGUGGAACACGGGAUCUCAGACAGGAAGCUGCCGCUGAAAGAAAG